CCAUCUUUUCAAUGGGACUAUUGUGGAAAUGGACUGGUGACGUCAAAUGAACUCUAUAAAGGCAUAAAUUCAUCGUUUUGGUAAAAAAAACAAUAUGAGAACAGCAGUCCCCUCCCAGCCCCUUAAAUACAUCUUCAGUCCUUUCUUUGGCAUUGAUAUCUUCAACAGGCCAAAACGACUAGUCCAUUUUUGCACAUCAUAAACUGAAUACACAAAGGGAAUAUUUUUUAAGCUAACAUUUUUAAGUUUAACAUGUUGGAGAUGCUAGAGUACAGUCACUACCAGGUGCAAACCCACCUGGAGAGCCCCUCCAAGUACCACAUCCAACAGACCCAGAGGCAGCAGGUGAAGCAUUACCUGUCCAGUGCACUGGGAGCCAACUUAAGCCCACAGCCCAGCCAGCCCACAGAGCACGGCAUGCCCCCUGGACCAGGAGCCAGUGGUCCCAAUAGCCCUAUGGCACUUCUCAACCUCAACUGUGAGAAAGAGAUGGACGACGUAAUUGAAGACAUCAUAGGUUUGGAAUCAAGCUACAAUGAUGACAUUUUAGGAUUUAUGGAUGCAGGACUUCAAAUGACUAAUACGAUUCCAGUUUCUGGAAACCUGAUGGACAUGUACAACAAUCAUGCUGUUUCUCCAGCUGGGCUUAUUAACAGCUCCUGCUCAUCUAACCUACCGGCCGUCAAAAGGGAAUUAUCUGUUGCCCCAGGACCUGGCAUGAUGCACAUAAUGGACAAGCCUGGAUCAUGUGGCAAGUUUGAGACUUAUCAAAGGCCUGAAGGCUUUCCAGUAGAAGCAGAGGUCAGAGCCUUUGCGAAAGAGAGACAAAAGAAAGACAACCACAACCUCAUUGAAAGGAGGCGGCGUUUUAAUAUAAAUGAUAGAAUUAAGGAGCUGGGGACAUUAAUUCCCAAGUCAAAUGAUCCAGACAUGAGGUGGAAUAAGGGCACCAUCCUGAAAGCUUCAGUGGAUUAUAUUAGGAGACUGCAGAAAGAGCAGCAUAAAGCUAAAGAGCUGGAAAACAGACAAAAGAGACUAGAACUUGCCAACAGACAUCUCCUGCUUCGUAUUCAGGAGCUUGAGAUGCAGGCCCGUGCUCAUGGACUCGCCGUUGUAGCCUCUCCCAGCCUUUAUUCCACUGAGCUGGUGGCUCGAGCCAUCAAACAAGAGCCUGGUAUGGGGGAAUGCACAAACGAUUUGUACCCACACCUGCCCAGUCCUGACCUGUCCCGUACCACCACUCUGGACCUCAACAAUGGCACCAUCAGCUACAACGACAGCUCCACGGAGGAAGGGGAAUCAGGGGUCUAUGACAGUGCCAACAAGGCCUCCACCAAGCUGGAGGACAUGCUCAUGGACAACAGUCUGUCUCCAGUGGGCAGCAGUGACCCCCUGUUGUCCUCUGGCUCCCCCAUCCCAUCCAACAGCAGCAGCAGCAGCAGAAGCAGUAUGGAUGAACAUGAAAAUGGCUUUUAGCAUUGUGAACAAACUUUUGGUGAACCAAAAUUAGACGAUUAGAUGUUACUUUGUAUAAUAUGUUACCUGUGCAAGUGAAAAUUUAAUGACAGUACUUUUCUUGUAUUUUUGAAUAUCUAG